AUGUUCAGGAACAACUACGACAACGAUGCGGUCACCUUCUCCCCCCAAGGUCGGAUAUUCCAAGUAGAAUAUGCACAGGAGGCUGUGAAGCAGGGUUCCGUUGUGGUUGGACUAGUCAAUAAGACACAUGCCGUGCUCGUCGGCCUCAAGAGAAACGCUGAAGAGCUCUCCUCAUAUCAAAAGAAGAUCAUUGAAGUCGACUCGCACAUGGGCAUUGCUAUCGCCGGCCUAGCAUCCGACGCCCGCGUGCUUUCCAACUACAUGAAGCAACAGUGUCUCGGGUCCCGAAUGACCUAUGGUCGUGCCAUGCCGGUGGACCGUAUCGUCACGCAGAUUGCGGAUCGCGCCCAAACAAACACGCAACAAUACGGAAAGCGGCCAUACGGUGUGGGCUUGCUUGUUGCCGGAGUUGAUGAAGCUGGACCGCAUCUUUUCGAAUUCCAGCCCUCCGGUAUGACCCAGGAGAUGGUGGCCUGUGCCAUUGGAGCAAGGUCUCAGAUGGCCCGAACGUACCUGGAGCGCAACCUCGACCAAUUACAUGACUCCUCGCGGGACGAUCUUAUCACCCAUGGCCUCCGGGCUCUCAAGGAGACCCUCUCGCAGGACAAGGAGCUGACAGUAGACAACACAUCUGUUGGUGUCGUUGGCCUAAAGGAGAGUGGAAAGGUUGAGAGCUUCAAGCUCUACGAGGGACAGCAGCUCUUACCGCUCUUGGAGGCCCUGGAGCAGUCGGACACUGGAGAAACGAGAGAAGAAGAGACAAUGGAGGUGGAUUCAUAA